CUCUCUCACUCUCUCCUCUCUUCACUACCAAGGAGCUUUGGAGAGACUCCUAAGAGCAGAGCUAUAUAUAAACAUUGGCAUUAGAAAACUGAGUGAAUUUGCACAAGGACUUAUUAUUUCAAUAUCCAGAAAAGACAACUAGGCGUGACCACCAGGAGGAAUUUGAGGAGGAUUCUUUCAUCGCAGCAAAAGUAGAUCUUUAAAGUCUCUCAAGUCACAACCCCAGCAACCAGGAUGGAGCUUCAGAAGAUGAAUGGACAUAGCAGGGAUGAGGGGUUUGAUGGGCUGGAUGCCUUGGCUGAACACGAGGAGUUUCUCCCACAUAAAACUGGUGGCAAGAAAGAAAUCCACUUCACAGAUUUCGAGGGAAAGACUUCAUUCGGCAUGUCCAUCUUUAACCUCAGUAACGCCAUAAUGGGCAGUGGAAUUCUGGGACUGGCUUUUGCAAUGUCCAACACUGGGAUCAUUCUGUUUUUAAUCCUGUUGGUGUUCAUUGCCAUUCUGUCUGCAUAUUCGAUUCACCUCCUGCUGAAAAGUGCUGGAGUUGUAGGGAUCCGGGCUUAUGAGCAGCUUGGGAAUCGGGCUUUCGGCAACCCAGGAAAAAUGCUGGCUGCCUGUGUUAUUACAAUACACAACAUUGGAGCGAUGUCCAGCUAUCUCUUCAUCAUCAAGUCUGAGCUCCCACUGGUUAUUCAGGCUUUCCUCGAUGACCAAGAAAGCAAAGGAGAGUGGUUCUUGAAUGGAAACGUCUUGAUCAUCAUUGUUAGCGCUUUCAUCAUCCUUCCUCUAGCACUCAUGAAACAACUUGGUUACCUGGGCUACACAAGUGGCUUCUCCCUCUCUUGCAUGGUGUUCUUCCUCAUUUCGGUUAUCUACAAGAAAUUCAACACCUUGUGUCCGCUCGAAGACACUACACAUCAUAACAGUACUCCUCAUGCUGACCACCACGCUGCCAUUAAUGUGACAGAGGACUUCUGUGAGGCCAAGCUAUUUACCAUCAACUCGCAGACUGCAUACACCAUCCCAAUUCUGGCCUUUGCUUUUGUCUGCCACCCAGAGGUGCUACCAAUCUACACUGAACUACGAGAUCCCACCAAGAAACGUAUGCAGGGUGUUGCCAACAUCUCCAUCUUGGCCAUGUUUGUCAUGUACCUGCUGACUGCUCUUUUUGGUUACCUCACUUUUUACGGUGCUGUGGAGUCGGAGCUGUUACACACAUACAGUCGCGUGGGCUCCCGGGAUGUCCUGAUUCUCUGUGUGCGUCUGGCCGUGCUGGUGGCCGUCACUCUGACCGUCCCUGUGGUUCUUUUCCCGAUCCGCAGGGCUUUGCUCCAGAUCCUGUUCCCUGACAAGCCUUUCCAUUGGGCCCGACACAUUGCCAUUGCAUUUUGUCUCAUCUUCGUGGUCAACCUACUUGUUAUCUUCGUGCCCUCCAUCCGCGACAUCUUUGGCAUCAUCGGAGCCACAUCUGCCCCAAGCCUCAUCUUUAUCCUACCGGGAAUCUUCUACGUCCGGAUUGUUCCUGAAGAACAGGAGCCUUUUCUGUCCAGACCCAAGAUUCAGGCCGCAUGCUUUGCUGGACUGGGAUUCGUCUUCAUGAUCAUGAGUUUGUCAUUUAUCAUCAUUGACUGGUCGACCGGAGAGUCCCGAAGCGUCGGUGGGCACUAGUUGCCGUGACUGAACACAGAUACCAUGAAAAGAAUGCCAACCAAAGCUCCCUGUCAUUAAAUUACCCCUUAUCUGCCGAGUUCUCAUCCAAAGCAGUAAAGCUUGGCUGCACAAGACGAAGGAUAUGCGAAGGACCUUCGCCUACAACCAAAAGAAAAAAAAAAAAAGAAAAAAAAAGAAAAGAUGAAUGCGUUUUGAGAAGUGAUGGGGCAGACAAAAGGUCCUGUAACGGAGGAGGAAACACAGAUGUGUGAGAACACAAAGCAAUGUGUUCUGACUGGAUAAAACCUGUGUCACAGGUCGCAGUACGGAUGUUUUAUUGGAGGCAUGUGUAAGAAAUGCAAAAGAGAGGAAAGGAGUAACAGCUUUAAGGAUGAAUGGGAACAACAUGAGUCAAAUGGAAAUCCCAUUUUAGAGUAUGGAUGUGUAGCGUUCCCUGGAACAGCUCAGUCACUGCCAAAAUCCUUCCAAUCUACUUCCCUACCAUCUCAGAGUUUACACAGCAGAAAUUUGAUAAGGCAGGUUCUUGCCUUUUCCCAGGAGUUUGCUUUCUAUCAAACACAAAGAAGACAUUUUAGUUCGUUCAUUGAACAGUUGCUAUUUCAUUCCACAUUUAAAUCCAAAUUUCAAAUCUCAAAACUCAAUGUGAGCUCAAUGUGACCAGCCAGGGUUAGUCUUCAUUCCACGCUUACCAUUCCAAUGUAUCAAACUACAAUUUUCACUGACUUGUUUAUGGAGCUUAAUUAAUGUGUUUAAUGUGAUAUUUUGUUAAUAUAUUCUGACACUUGACUAUUAUAAAGGUUAUCAUCUUCAAAGCUGAGUCCGGGAUGACCUUUCGUAAGGGAUCCAAAAGGAGACAGUGCAGUUUGUGGGGUUUUUGCUGCUAUUCAUGAAGGUCAGACAGCCAGUUACCGACAAUCACGUUCCCAGAAAGAAACAGAGAGGUGGUUUGUCCAGUUUUUAAGUUUCUGUGUCCCUGAAAACAUCCAUAGCUACAAACCAAAGAAUAUAUUUAUUGUGUCACAUUAAGAUGGGAUGUAACCCACUAUUUUUUUUUUUUUUUACCAUGUUCGGCAAAGGCCAGUUACAAAUUGCUCAUAUGAAAAUCCAGUGUUACAAAUGCUGCGUCUCUUUUAGCACUCCCAGAAACUGUUCAGUGUGGUGAAUAAUGACCUAUGAAUUCAAGUUAAAAUGAAUGGAUACUUUUUUUCCUUUUUUUUUGUCUUUAAAUUUGCUGUUCAUCCUGUACAUUUUUAAAUUAACUUGAAUGUUGUUACCUGUCAAUAAAAUAUGUCUUUCAUUUGUA